CGCCGCCGCGAACCUUCCAGAGCACGCCGGAGAGCCAACGGCGGCGUAUAAAACGAGGAGUACGCUGUGGCGUAGUCAUAUUUCCGCUCGUUCAGUCGAUAGAAUUUCAGUUCUGAGACUAACUGAGGAUGGCACUGUUCCCACUUCUGAACCGCAGCGUCUUGGGCGGCUCGGACCUGGCGAGGCGUCUCUUCGACGACGACUUCGGCUCCAGCUUCCUCGACGGAGAGCUGUUCGACCCGCCAUUCUACCACCAGCGCUUCUACAUCCAGCCUAAGAACCAGCAGCAGUGUCCGUACCAACAGCGACAGCGCGGACACGGACCCGGGUCCCAGGCUGUCAUGGAGAGCGACCCGAAUAAGUUCGCGCUCCGAGUCGACGUCCGUCACUUCGCGCCGGAAGAAAUCACCGUCAAGACUGUCGACAACUGUGUCGUAGUCCACGGCAAGCACGAGGAGAAGUCGGACGAGACCGGGUCCUACGUCAAGCGCGAGUUCACGAGGCGCUACGUCCUGCCCGAAGACGUGGACCCACACACGGUGACGUCUAGUCUGUCGGCCGGAGGACUGCUGGCCGUGGAGGCACCGCGCAAGACCCCGAAGGAAGACCCCAACAAGCCGGUAGCCAUCACCGUGCACCACGAGGGAGCGUCCAAAGGAGGUGCUGUCAAGAGCAAGUGAGGCGCUCUCAUGUUCGUCUUUUUGUGUUCACAACCGUUCCGUGCUUCCUCUGCGAGCAUUCCAGUUCCUCGCGUUACUUGUAAUCAGUUUCUUUGAUGUAAUGUAUGAAUAAACAAGUGUAUAUGAUCCCCAA